AUGCCGUAUCCAUUUUUGGUUUGGGCUGCGGCCCUCUUCUUGGUCCCAGCCCUGGGGAUGGCUAUGGGCGUCGUUUGGAUUGCCACAUUUGUGGGCUUUGCCUUCGCAGCCUGCAUGAUCCUGCUUGAAACGGUGAAGGUGUUGGCUCGCAUGACUCCGGGCAUCCGCGACUUUGUGCCAGAUGAUGUGUCCCCCCAGGAAGUGGCGGCCAAGCGGUUGGAAGCAGAAGAACACGCAUCCAGGGUCGCUGCCGAGAUUGAAGCUGAGAUUGAGGAGGUGGCAACGGCAUUGGCUCCCAGUUGUCCACAAGAAGCCCAAGCUUUGCUGGUCGAGGCGCAAGAAGCUUUGAAAGUAGCUGAGGGCAACGUGGCGCUUGCUGAGGAGUCUGCAAAAGAACAGAGUGGUGGGUGGAUGGCAGUUUGCGAAGCUCGUGAUCAGCUGCGGGAAGCAGCCGCUCGGGUGGCUGAUGCGGAGAUGAUGACCAGAGCUACACAGGCCGUGCAUUCCGCAAAUCACUGGAAGCGCAUCGGUGCUGAAGAGGUGCCCUCCCAAAUGUUGCUCCGGCGCUUUGCAAGCCUGGACAUUUCGAGAACCGCAGCUGCAGCGGCUGCCACAGCUGAGGACUGCAAGGCAGCCAAUCCUUUCGCCAGUGAUACUACGCAAAUUGAUCCCACGGCCAUGACUUGGUUCGCGAAGCUUCAAAGCAUUUGUUCCCAAAAUGGCUUGCUUGAUGAGACACCGCAUGAGACCCUUGUAUGACGGUGAAAAUCGCAGCCAAGAACUUCAUAGAAUCUCUAUUUUCCAGCCCGCAGAUAUUCUGUGAAUAUCUGUGAAUUUUCGGCUCUGGGUUGGCAGAAUCAUGUCGCUCUGCCUUUGCAAAUCUUUGCAACCUGAAACCUUAAGCAUCAGAAGAUAUCAGAAGU